CAAAGGCCCUACGCAUGCGCGCUAUAUUUCGUAGAUUCUUGGCGUGGUAGGAUUCCGCGUAUACGCUAAAUAUUUACGCUAUUGAUAAACUAGAAGACUGUGGAAGUUACUUUGACUAAUUUUAUAACAUUUAAGGAAGUUACUAUACGUGGAGUGAUUAGAAAUAUAUGAUCACAAUAAUAAAAUAGAUGCUGAAUCGGCGCUAAUUUAUUUCAUAUUUACAUCUGUAAACAAUCUGACUGUGUGAGUAAAUUGAGAAAUCUGAUCUUCGGACGAAGCACCACUACGGUAACAUGUUCUCAUCGACUUCUUAACACAAAAGAAUAUGUCAGAGUUAUUAGAUCUACUUCAGAAUCGAAUCGGUUGGCCAACCAAGAAGGAUAUAGAAGCAAUAGCUAAUGAUGUACCAGCUGUCGAAUUUAAUGAAGAAAAUUUAUUGAAAAAAUGCCCUCUGGCCCUUCUCUCUCGCUAUCUUGUUCCCACAUCGGAUUAUUCACCCUCUUCCUCUUACACCUUCACAGUUCUUCUCAAUUCUCGUGUUCUUGUUCCUCCUCACGAGCUCUUGGCUGAUGUCUGUACCAGAUGCGCUCUGAAUCAAAACGAAACAGCUACAAUUGGCUUAAUCAAACUUUUGGCUGAAUGGACUGAUAUUUUCCCUUACGAUUUUAUCGACGAAAAAGCUCAGCAACAAUUAAAAUCAGCAUUAGGUCGAAUUGUAACAUUAUAUCCUUCUUUGUGUUCGGACAUUUCAAUUCUCACCAGAACUUUGCACGCUAAAAAAGCGGCUUGGAAAAAAUAUGAAUCUCUUUUGGGAAAAAUUCAGGAAGAGAGCGAUAUGAAAAAAGAUUCAAGUGCCUAUGUCGAUAUCACAGAGCUGUGUCCGUCAACGCAUAUGAUGGCGAAACAAUUGACUCAUAUUGAAUUAGAACGUUUAAGUAUGAUUGGACCAGACGAACUAAUGAGAGCGCUGCUUCGUAAGGAUUCCGAAAAAAAUAGGCCUAAAAAUUUAGAGUCUUAUAUUGCUUGGUUUAAUCGACUGAGUAAUAUGGCUGCAACUUGUGUUUGUAGUCGACCAAAACGACGAGAAAGAGUAAAAAUGUUGGACUAUUGGAUGGAUGUCGCCAAGGAAUGCAUGCAGCUGGCCAACUUUAACUCUUUUAUGGCCAUUGUGUCUGCCCUAAAUACGCCGCCAGUUUCAAGACUUAAAAAAACAUGGUCAAAGGCGCAUACUGAUAAGUUUGCAGCCCUUGAGAAACAUUUAAGUCCAAUGUCGAACUUCUUAAUAUACAGAACUUCGUUAAAGGCCGCCCUCUGGCGAGCGGCCCACGCACCGGCGCCGGUCGUCGUUCCGUGCUUUAGUGUUUUUGUUAAGGAUGCAGUUGUACUAGCUGAUAGUGGAUUAGGUGGCUCAUCCGUCCCUUGGGCAAGGUGGUGGGCAGUAUCACAACAUGUAGCUCAACUCGUACAAUGGAAAUCGGUCGAGUGCCCCUACGACCGGCACCCGACUGUUCUCAAUUAUCUGCUGACGAAUCCAAUUUUAAAUGAAAAACAACUCGAUGUCGCCUCAUAUGAAUGCGAGCAGCCUGAGAACUCUACUGAGAAAGAGGCGUUCAAGAAACUCAAGUAUGUCACGCACUUGUUCAUUCAUUCAUCUAUCACCCAAUCAUUUUAUUUUUUAUUAAAAUGUUUUUUAACCCUUUUCAGAGAAGCUCUUCGAUCAGCAAAGAAUCGUGAAGUGAAUAUCAAGUCGUAAACAAAGAUUGGAAAUUGUUUAUUUUCUUCCCCUUUUGGUUAUUUAUACUUUGCUUCGUGAAAUACUCGAGUUUUUCUUGCAACUAGAAACAUGUAACAUACAAUUUUUGUAGAUGGCGCUAGUAAACGCAAUUAAUAAACAUAAACAUUGUAAUUAUUAACAGAAUUUAUCGUUGCAAUCCAUCGUAUAAUCUUCCUGUUAUCAAGACGUUAAAAAAGCGUUUAAGUUUUAAAUAAAAAGUAGAAGUAUCAGGAGGAUUCUGCCCAUAUAGGGUGCUUAGUGUAGUGACGCCUUUCCCAACAGCUUGAAAUUGCUCGUGCAGUAGCGUUAAACACCAAACGCAAACAGCUACGUUUCCAAGGCAUAGACAAACUAAAUAUGACUGUUGAAUGUAGCUUUCAACGAGAAAGGCAAUGAGAACUUUUGAUUUUACAAGGAUUUUCAAUGCAUUGUAGCACAAGAAGAUAAACGUCGCUGCUGCGAAGAAAGUGCAAACUAUGAAACGGACAAAUAAAAUAUGGUUAUUUCGCCCUAUGCACUUGUUUAAGAAGAU